UCCGCUGGGUUUAGUUCGUCGCCAAACCAGAACGCGACUAGUAAGAACCCGAGAACAUCGAGUGCCCAAAUUCCAAGAUUGUUCUUAAAUUAGCCUCGCUGAAAUAAAAAUACAAAACCAAAACUUUUCAAGUACUCGUGCCACCCCUUGCCCAGCAAAAAUCUGACUCCCGGUGGGCGGAAAAUACUACACCUCCUCAAAAAACAAAAAGAAAAACCCACCCACACGAACAUUUGACUUCUGUCAGUUCCGAAGUGUCGUCGUCGGUUGUUUAUUUGUACCUGUUGAAUUACCCUUUUUUGCGGCGUCGGUCUUUGAGCGCCUAUAUAAAUAAAUGCUCCCAACGGAUUUGCGCUUAUUCUGCAUUGUCACACCCAACGGUUAAGAUUCACCAGGCGGAGCAAAAAAAAAAUAAAAAUAUUGAAAACAUUUUGUGGCAUAGCUGAAAAAUUUUGGAAUAUAUUUUUCUGUCACAAUUCAGUAAAAAAGUACAGUUUCAAUAAAAAAUUACAGUUACAGUAAAAAAGUACAGUUACAGUAAAAAGUACAGUUAAAGUGGAAGUGUAAACCGAAAUAAACUAAAUUUGAGAUCAAGUUUUAAGAACUUGACAGAUCUUAAAAAGUUUUUGUUAAACCGAAUUGAUUUUAAAAAGUUGAGGAUGUCUGCCCGGUCGCCGCCCACCACAUGUGGCUGCUCGUCCACCGCCCACUGGGCCAUUGUCAUUGUGCUGCUGUCAAUGGCGAUUGGACCGGCAAACGCCCUGCCCCGCCCAUCCCGCAACACGCAGUUGUUGUUCAGUGAGCUCCUGGGAAGCGGAAAUGUGAAUGAGGACAACAACUAUUAUGGCGAACAGUUGAAGCUCCAGCAACAGGAACAAAAGCAGCAGCAACGGCCAUCCUUCGCCAGGAAAUGGCCAUCGCUGAGGGAUCUCCUGCUGACCGCCGACUAUGAUGAUUUUGGAGUUACCCAGGAGGAGAGCGAGGAGCCGGAGGUGUCCAACACCCGUCUGCUGGCCAAACUACACAAGCUCGGCGAAAACGGAGGCGGCCAAGAACUACGAUACAACCUCGUCAACGAACUGACCAAAAUGCCCAUCAAGAAGAUAUUGCCAGGACAUUCCAUCAAGGAUCACAAUACAAAGAAGAAUGUUCAAUUUCGUAAACAAUAUAUGUCGCCUUGCCACUUUAAGAUCUGCAACAUGGGACGCAAACGCAAUGCUGGCAACAAUCCAUAUUGAAGAGAAUUAACGCUACAAGACACCGAAAGCCAUAAAACCAAAUUAAAAUAAAACUUUUAACGAAAAAUUAGAAUUUGCAUUGUCACAAACCGUUGAACGAAUGUUCAAAUGCCAAGUAUUGUCCACUGUUCUAAUUAAAAUUAGAAACACCAGAGCAGAAUUUUAAAUUAGAAAUUAUGAUUACAUUGUAUUUAUAAACAAUAU